UAACCAUCAAAAGUUUCAACUUUUCUCUUCUUCAUAUCAGCCUAACUAUUUUCUGCAUUUCAUCAUUUACUAAUUUAACACAUGAAUCAGAGAAGAGAUUUGAUCAGAUCAGGAUAGCACAUCUACAGAUAAUUCAAAUCUGAAAAGAAAAAUUAAAUCUAAUAAUGGCCACCGAGACCAAACCCAAUUUAGUUAGGGUGAAGAACAGUGGCCAAGAUGGUUCUUCAAAGCCAAAAUUUGAUGCUUCCAUCAACAAGAAGAAGAUUGAAAGCUCCAGCAAACGGCUUGUUGAUGCUAAGCAAAAAUCCAUCGUAACAAAAACAGAGGUAAAAUCGAAAACAAGUUCGAGUUCAUCAAAAACCACUGCGAUUACAAAACCUAAAGUUAGGGAGAAGAAGGUUUACACUUUGCCAGGCCAGAAACAUGAUCCUCCUGAAGAGAGAGAACCAUUACGAAUAUUUUAUGAGUCUUUGUCAAAACAAAUACCAACAAGUGAAAUGGCAGAAUUUUGGAUGAUGGAAUAUGGCUUGUUGUCCCCUGAAAAAGCCAGAAAAGCAUACGAAAAGAAGCAGAGAAGGCAGAAACAACUUCGUUCCGGCAUUCCAAUUAAACCUUUGAAACCAAGUAGCAAACCUGAGAGUUCAAAAAAUGGAGAUGUAAAAUCUAAGAAACGAAGUAACAACGAUAUUGAUGAAGACAAAGACGACUUUGUUUUAAGCCCCAAGAGAAGGAAAGGGUAAGAAACCUAGUGUUUGUCUGAACUGUUGUAUUUCUAGGAAUAACUUGAUUUAAAUCCCAUUCACAAUGAUAGAUCAAGACAUUCUUUAUGUUUUUCCAACUUAAUGGAAAUAAUAAGAAAAAGACAAGUUCCUGAAA